AGCCCUGGGUAGGCAUAUCGAACAAACACAGCCGAAAGAUUACGAUAGCAAAAAACGAGCUUCACAUUUGUGCUGCCGAAGAGAGAAGAGAAAAAAAGAGAUCGAAAAUGAGCGGAGUGGGGAAGAAGAUCGCCGACGUUACAUUCAAGGCCGGUAGGACUAUUGAUUGGGAAGGAAUGGCGAAGCUUCUGGUCACCGAUGAAGCUCGCAAGGAGUUCUCUAACCUCCGCCGUGCCUUCGAUGAUGUCAACUCUCAACUCCAGACCAAGUUCAGCCAGGAGCCUGAGCCCAUAAACUGGGAAUAUUACAGGAAAGGAAUUGGUUCUCGCUUGGUAGACAUGUACAAAGAGGCCUAUGAAAGCAUUGAGAUCCCCAAGUUUGAGGACACAGUUACUCCUCAAUACAAACCCAAGUUUGAUGCCUUGUUGGUGGAACUGAAAGAAGCCGAGCAGAAAUCUCUCAAGGAAUCUGAAAGAUUAGAAAAGGAAGUUGCUGAAGUCCAAGAGUUGAAGAAAAAACUCAGUACCAUGACAGCAGAAGAAUACUUUGAGAAGCAUCCUGAGUUAAAGAAGAAAUUCGAUGAUGAAAUUCGAAACGAUUACUGGGGCUACUAAUUGGCUUCAUGAGCGGUUUUUGGACCCCCCUGUGGCGUGGAUUCUCUGAGUUCAUCUGUUAUUUAGAAUAAAAGGGAAGAACCAAUUGGUUUGUCUUUUCAUUUGCUGGGCUAUUUUGAAGAAUUUGAACUGCUACAAUGUACUUCCCUCUAGACAAUUGUAUCCUCCAGUUGGAGGCAAAAGAUGUCUUGAGUGGAUGAGUAUAUUUAAUUACAUUACUGAAGCAAUCUUGGAUUCUUUGAGUUGAGACUCGAAUCCCCACCGACAAGGUGUGAAUUUUCUGUCAUUUUUCUGAUCAUGACUAUUAUUUUGUUGAUUUGAAUGUUACGAUUGAUAUA